AUGUCAUCAGGUAAAAAAAAAGUAGUAGAAAAAAAGAAAAAUGAAAGUGGUAAUAAGCAACAAGGAGCUAUGAUAAAGCUCACAGAAGAUGGUGGUGUUAUAUUUGCCUAUGAAAAUAAUUCCAAUAUUGUUGAUAUAAUUUUCCAAGAUAUCGCAAAAACAACUAAAGAAAAUUUAGAAUCAAAAAAAUCUGAAACUAAAGAAGAUAAAGAUAAAAAAGAAAAAAAGAAAAAUGUAGAAGAGUUUUCUUUUACCGAAAAUGAUAACAAUAGUUUUUCAUUUAAAAAGAUUGAAAAAUCUGAAAAUGGAAUUACUUUUUCUCAAUUUUCUAGCUAUAGUUAUUCUAAAGAAUUGUAA